AUGGUAUCAGAAAAGGAUUACGACAAUCUGGGAAACUUAUCCCUACAGGAAUCUUCCCCUGACGAGCCCCCGUCAAGUUUAUUUUAUGAAAAGUCGCACUUCGGAAGCGAGGGAAGAUAUUAUAGUGACGAUGAAAAGGAUGCAGGAUCGAUAAAGACCAAUUUCUCUUAUCAUGAUGAAAAGAAGUUGCUUGAGCAGAAUUCUAAGUUAAGUGCACUUAGUCACGGAGCUGCUUUAACGAAAAGGAAUACCGAUUCAGUUGCUACAAGCUCUUUAAAUUCACCGCUACCGGCACUUACUAGAAGGCUAUCAUUUUCAGCCAAAGUCUCCCACCCAGAGCCUCCUUCUAUGAUGUACUUAGCAGGCUCUCCAAGAAGUGCACCACUUUCUGACGAAAGAGCGAGGUCAGCUGAGUAUCGAAUGGGUAUUUUGAUUGGUGGAGAAGAGAAAUGUUUGGCUUCUAUUGAAGAAUUGGUGGAGUUGUACUCGAGAGUAACGGAAUGCCGGGCAUUACGCGAAAAAUACCAGACGGCAUCUAUGCAGUACCAGUACCAGAAUCCGAAGAAUAGACCUGAAUGGGAAAUCUAUCCUCCACCACCAAAUCCCUCGUAUAAUUUUGAGACCAAAACUGUAUUGAAGGUUGCAAAUAAAUCUGACUGUGAGGUGUUUGACUUGGAAAAGUGUGAGAUUCCUGGUGAAGACACUGAGUGGGAUUUUACUCUAAAUGAUGAUGACUUGUUUGAAGUUCACAAGAGUGGAGACCCUGCAAGCAAAAUUGCAGAGAUUCCAACUUUGCGGGAUUAUUAUGUGGAUACUGAAAAAAUAUUGGCGGUUUCCUCAGAUGGUCCAUCAAAAUCCUUUGCAUUUAGAAGGCUACAAUAUUUAGAAGCUCGUUGGAACCUAUACAUUUUGUUGAACGAAUAUCAGGAAACUGCAGUUUCAAAGAAGAACCCCCACAGGGAUUUUUAUAACGUCAGAAAGGUGGACACUCACGUUCACCAUUCUGCCUGCAUGAACCAAAAGCAUCUGCUACGUUUCAUCAAGAAUAAGUUGAGAAACUCGGCAGAUGAAGAGGUUAUUUUUAGGGAUGGCAAGGUCUUAACUUUGGCCGAAGUUUUCCAAUCUUUAAACCUCACUGGUUAUGAUUUGUCUAUAGACACAUUAGACAUGCAUGCUCAUAAGGAUACGUUCCACAGAUUUGACAAAUUUAACUUGAAAUAUAACCCAAUUGGAGAAUCUAGGCUAAGAGAGAUAUUUUUGAAAACAGAUAAUUAUAUCAAGGGGUCCUAUUUAGCUGAAAUCACAAAGCAAGUUAUUUCAGACUUGGAAAAUUCGAAGUACCAGAACUGCGAGUAUCGUAUUUCUAUUUACGGUAGAUCCUUAGAUGAAUGGGACAAACUAGCUUCGUGGGUAAUCGAUAACAAGCUUAUUUCCCACAAUGUAAGAUGGUUAAUUCAGGUCCCUAGGUUGUAUGACAUAUACAAGAAAGCAGGAACAGUAAAGACUUUCCACGACAUCAUGAGAAACCUCUUUUUGCCCAUAUUUGAAGUUACGAAGAACCCCAAGAAAAAUCCAAAAUUGCACGUCUUUUUGCAGAGAGUAAUUGGUUUUGAUUCAGUUGACGAUGAAUCUAAAGUCGACCGUCGCUUCCACAAAAAAUAUCCUCGCCCAUCUUUAUGGGAAACCUCUCAAAAUCCACCUUACUCUUAUCAUUUGUACUACCUGUAUGCUCAUAUGGCUUAUUUGAACCAAUGGAGAGCAGCUCGUGGUUUUAACACCUUUGAAUUGCGCCCACAUUGUGGUGAGGCUGGUGACCCAGAACAUUUAAUAUCCGCAUAUUUAUUGGCUCAAGGUAUAUCUCAUGGUAUUCUUUUAAGAAAGGUCCCCUUUGUGCAAUACUUAUAUUACCUCGACCAAAUUGGUAUUGCAAUGUCGCCGUUAUCUAACAAUGCUUUGUUUUUGACGUACGACAAGAAUCCUUUCCCUGUCUACUUUAGAAGAGGCUUAAAUGUUUCUCUUUCCACAGAUGAUCCAUUACAGUUCUCUUAUACAAGAGAGCCAUUGAUCGAAGAGUAUUCUGUCGCAGCGCAGAUCUACAAAUUGUCGAAUGUCGACAUGUGCGAGUUGGCAAGGAAUUCUGUACUUCAAAGUGGAUGGGAAGCCCGCAUUAAGAAGCAUUGGAUUGGAAAGGAUUACUUAGAAAAGGGUAUCAAGGGCAACGAUGUUGAAAAGGCCAAUGUUCCUGAUAUAAGAAUCAAUUAUAGAUACGAAACAUUAGCAACCGAAUUGGAGUUGGUCACUCACUACUCUAACUACAACUUGCAAAAUUGA